AUGCAAUAUCCAACUACAUGUCCACGUUCGACGUAUCUUACAUGGCCUUCCCUCCCCUUCCCGCCCACCUCACCCCACCCGUUACCUCCCCUCCACCAGUCAUCAGGCGGCGGGGCAAUAUCCGACUACAUGUCCACAUUCAACGUAUCUCACACAGCCUUCCUCAACUCGUCCGUGGUCUACCAGCCCGCCGAUUUCAUGUCGGGCACGGGGGGAUGCGUGCACCUCAACACCACUGCUGCCGCGUCCUUUGCUCACUGCCGCUUCGCGCACUGCUCCUCUUCUAUCACCGGUGGCGGGGUGUCAUUCUUUCAAGGGGAAGUCAAGCCGCAGUUUCACAACACCACGUUCGAGUUCAACGAGGCUCUCAUCCAGGGAGGGGGCAUAGAGCUGGUGAUGAUGAGCGGCCUGGCGAACGUCACAGACUGCACGUUCCGCAGCAACCGGGUCACCAACGGGCCCAGCUUCGGCGCCGCAAUCCUCUCCUUCGGCGUGCCGAUGCGCGUGGAGAGGAGCUACUUGUGGCGCAACGUGGCUGUCAACACGCUGCCUCCGGGGUCGCAGGCAGCCACGUACCUCACUCAGGGGGGGGCCAUUGCAGCGAACAUGUUCAUGGACGCUACAGUGCCUUAUGACAUCAUCGACUGCACCUUUAUUGAGAACCAGGUGGGUGUGAGAGUGAGACUACCAUGUAGGUGGGUGUGA